AUGCAUUUCAGCAUCCGCUCUGUUGCACUGAUUGCUGCCGUUGGCUCGGCUGUGGUUGAGUCGUCACCUCUCAGGACAGGCAAACUUGGCAGCUCCAAUGCUUUUCUUGCGGCAAAGCGCGCCCUUGAGAAGCGCGACAUAACUUUGUGCAACGGAUGGGCACCGGCCGACCAAAUCGACAUUGCGGCCGUCUGGGCCCCGUGGACUAACUCGGGAGACACGGCCACUGUAGCUGCCGGAGCUUGCAGCAGGGUUGGGUGCUCGGAAGCCAGCGGCAUAUACGUCUGCAACGACCAAAGCGUUGACAUUGAGGUCGACCUUGGAGACGUCGGAUCCUUGGCCUCCGAUAUCAAAAACACGUGCUACGAUGGUCCCUCUGGGAUGCACGAGGGUUUCUCCGGUCAGUUGUUCACCGACGGAUACAACGUCAACGUCGCCUCCUGCGACACGAAUGCCAACCCAGCGACGCGCCCAAGUGACUUGUAG